CUCCCUCCUGUGUCCGGGCCGCUCUCGCUGUGUCUCCCUCCCUCUCUCACUGUAUGCAGGACAUGGGCCCGGAGCCCAACGCGGCCUCCAGCAGCUCCGAGCCCCGGGAUCAGUGAGCCCUCACCCGGCCAUAGAGCAGCAUGGAUCCCCGGCCCAGCGCCGACAUCCUCCGCCGAAACCCCCAGCAGGACUUCGAGCUCAUCCAGAGGGUGGGCAGCGGCACGUACGGCGAUGUGUAUAAGGCUAGGAAUCUCCAAACGGGUGAAUUGGCUGCUGUAAAGAUAAUUAAACUGGAACCUGGUGACGACUUCUCCCUGAUCCAGCAAGAAAUUUUCAUGGUGAAAGAAUGCAAACACCUCAAUAUCGUGGCGUACUUCGGCAGCUAUCUCUGCCGGGAAAAGCUGUGGAUCUGCAUGGAAUAUUGUGGCGGGGGAUCUCUCCAGGAUAUAUAUCAUGUUACCGGGCCACUAUCAGAGUACCAAAUAGCAUAUAUGUGCCGGGAAACCUUGCAGGGUCUUGCCUAUUUGCACAGUAAGGGAAAGAUGCACAGAGAUAUUAAGGGAGCGAACAUACUGCUAACAGACAAUGGAGACGUCAAGCUAGCUGAUUUUGGUGUGGCGGCAAAAAUAACAGCUACAAUCGCCAAGAGGAAGUCUUUCAUUGGUACCCCAUACUGGAUGGCACCAGAGGUGGCUGCAGUAGAAAAAAAUGGUGGAUACAACCAGCUGUGUGAUAUCUGGGCAGUCGGCAUCACAGCUAUUGAGCUUGGCGAGCUGCAGCCACCAAUGUUUGAUUUGCAUCCAAUGAGAGCUUUGUUCUUAAUGUCAAAGAGCAGUUUUCAGCCUCCAAAACUCAAGGAAAAGCUGAAAUGGACACCAGUAUUUCAUAACUUUGUAAAAGUCGCGUUAACAAAGAAUCCAAAGAAAAGGCCUACUGCAGAGCGUUUGCUGACGCAUGCCUAUGUUGCACAAGUGGGUCUAUCAAGAGCACUUGCUCAGGAACUGCUGGAUAAAGUCAAUAAUCCUGACAACCACCAACAUUAUGGUGAGCCUGAUGACGAUGACCUUGAGCCUCUGUCUGUCGUUCGACAUACCAUCCGGUCUACGAACAAGUCUGUUAGAGCAGAGAGGACAGUGUCUGAACUUAACUUUGAUAAGUUGCAAUUUGAGCCUCCCCUAAGGAAGGAGACAGAAGCUAAUGAAGGUAGAGAGAUUGAAUAUUCAUCACAUUGGAACGCAUUCACCAACAGUGCAAACUCAGAGACUACAAUGAAACGUGUUGUCCCACCACCAUUACCUCCCAAGCCUCAGAGGAUGUUCAGUUGCCCAGAGGAAGGUGCAGAUGACGAACGGUCCAACACCAUCAAACAUCAGCCGGAAAACAGAGGUCUGCAGGUUCAGAGGAGGCAAAGCAGCCCUGGUUGUGGUGUUCAGACCGCACCUCCCCAUAAUAUCCUCACAGGCAGCAUCAGCAGCCCAGGAUUAAUCAGCAGUAGAUACUGUGACCUGGGUAAUGGGGACAGUCCCAUGCGUCUCAGCCCAAGUGGGGAGAGUCCCAAACCCCACCUUCCACAGAAAAAGGAAAAGAAGGAUUUUCCUAAACCAACAAUAAAUGGAUUACCACCCACACCAAAGGUUCUGAUGGGAGCAUGCUUUUCCAAAGUUUUUGAUGGCUGCCCAUUAAAGAUAAACUGUGCAACUUCCUGGAUACAUCCUGAUACCAAAGACCAAUAUAUCAUCUUUGGCAGCGAGGAUGGUAUAUACACCUUAAAUCUCAAUGAACUUCAUGAAACUACCAUGGAGCAGUUGUUUCCUCGCAAGUGUACUUGGCUCUAUGUGAUCAAUAAUACCCUGAUGUCAUUGUCAGAAGGUAAAGCUCUACAGCUUUAUUCACAUAACCUGAUAGGUCUGUUUGAACAAGCCAAAAAACCUGGCCUGGCUGCACAUAUCCAAACCCAUCGCUUCCCAGACAGAAUAUUGCCACGGAAGUUUGCAUUGACGACUAAAAUCCCUGAAACAAAAGGCUGCCACAGAUGUUGCAUUGUAAGAAACCCGUAUACGGGGCACAAAUACCUCUGUGGUGCCCUGCAGUCUGGCAUUGUCUUGCUCCAGUGGUAUGAGCCCAUGCAGAAGUUUAUGUUGAUUAAGCACUUUGACUUCCCUCUGCCCAGCCCACUGAAUGUGUUUGAAAUGCUUGUUAUCCCUGAACAAGAAUACCCUAUGGUGUGCGUGGCAGUCAGCAAAGGAAUGGAACCCAACCAGGUGGUACGAUUCGAGACCAUCAACCUGAGCUCUGCUUCCUCCUGGUUUACAGAGAUCGGUACAGAAGGCCAACAGCUCGAAGCCAUACAUGUGACCCAGCUGGAAAGAGACACCGUUUUAGUCUGUCUGGACCACUACGUAAAAAUUGUGAAUCUUCAAGGAAAACUAAAGUCAAGUAGAAAACUGGCCUCAGAAUUGAGCUUUAAAUUCCACAUCGAAUCUGUGGUGUGCCUUCAGGACAGUGUGCUAGCCUUCUGGAAACACGGAAUGCAGGGAAAAAACUUCAAAUCAAACGAGGUUACGCAAGAAAUUUCUGACGAAUCCAGAGUUUUCCGUUUAUUAGGAUCAGACAGAGUGGUCGUGUUGGAGAGUCGACCAACGUUAAACCCUACUGCACACAGCAACCUGUACAUUUUGGCUGGCCACGAGAACAGCUACUAGGAUUACAAUCCAGAGAGCGUUUGUGUUCAUGAGAGACAGGACAUAGGAAUAGGAGUUACAACAUAAUCGUCCCCUUUAGGGACCUGUGCAAGUUGGAUUGCGGCGUGCCUUUUUAUUUUUCCGCAUAUCUGUAUUAUUGGGUAGAUUUUUUUUUUUUGAUUUUUUUUUUUCUUCUUAUUUUGAAUUUUGUUUUUGUGCUGCUGGAAACAGCUGUAUUUCCUGUCACCACUGUGUGGUGUUGGUUUUAUCUUGUUGCUUAAUAUGAAGCUGUGAGAUGUAUACAGCCCCUUUACGAUCAGCAAAAAGAGAUAAAGGGGCAUGGCCUUUCUCAAAAUAAUAAGGGGUGCCUUGACGUAGGUCCUGUGUGUGGUUUUAUUUGGUGUUUUUCUUUGUUUUAGCCUAGUUUGGAGUUGCCUAAGCAAAUACUGAACAUUAGGAGGGCGCUUUUGUCUUUCUAUGGAAGCAUUACCUUAAAUGAGAACACUGCAGUGCCACUUAAUGAGUUUAAAUGGUUUAUUAGCUGAUCGGUAAUCCUUCAAAAGUAUCCCAUCAUCUUGCAAAAUGCAAAUAAAAUAAUCCAGUUUGUGGUGAGGGGGGAGGUAACUUAAAUGUCUUCAUUUUUUUUAAUUUUUUUUUAACUGCUAUUUUGUGUUUAAUUUUAAAUGUCAGUAGUCCACUAUCCUUAAUUCUAUGUGACUGAACUUCUAAAUAGAGCUUCCAUGUUGUAAAAAAACAAGUAGCCCUUUCAGUCAUGCAGUAUAUGAAUUGGCACUCGUUUUGCCUUUCACGCCAUCUGACCUCUUAGAUCUCAAUAGAGACUUCUAUAUCUUGUGACGCAUAAUUGCUUGCUGCAGUCCAUGCAAAGACAAGGUUGCUCAAAACCAACUUAUUCUGCAAGCUUCCAUCUUCCUUGCAGGUACUGCCUGGGAAGUUAUCACAGCUUAUAGGGCAUAUUGCUAUACCAUUAUAUACCAUUGAACCAAAACUGGUAAAUUGGCAGAACGUUGCUCAGUAGGUACUAAUGAUUUGUGGCCUCAACUUAAUUAGCAUCAUGGGAACCGAAGUCUACCAAUAUCUGCAGUGCCAAGAUAAGGCAUCACGUGCAUUUUAAUACAAAGAGAAUCACUCAAAAGUCCUUACCAUUAGUAUAAAUCCUUUAAAUGUAUCCCAACUUUUGCUUAUUUUUCAUGUUCGAUGCCAAGUAAGUGACACUACAGAUUAACUCAUUCAUUUUGGGUAUAAAGUAAAUGAUACAAUAUCAUUUGGAAUCGCAUUACCAUAUUCCGUAGAUGACAUUUGAAUUUGUAUUUAUUAAUCAUCUACUUGAGAGGGUUUUGUAUCUUUAAGGGUUUGUUUUUAGCUUUUUUUUUUUUGUGUAUAGGGAAGUUUACAUAUUCCGUUUUUUUUUAUCUCUUAGUGCCUCGCUAUUGUAACCUUUUAUGAAACUCCAUUUUAACUGGGGGAAUCUGUUUUGCACAGCUAACCAAAAGGGAUCCAUUUAAAUAGUCAUGACUCUGCAGCCGAGUAUUCUGGGACAUCUCUUAACAGAGGCACUCAUUAACAGAUAUGGUUGAUAAGAACCUUGUAGUGUGCCAAGAGCAAUACUAAACUAAACUAAAUUCUGAUUAUUAAUUUCUAACCAAAUGUGGUUUACAUUAGAAAAAAAAAACAACAAGCUAUUUUGCAUUCUACUUUUGUGUGUCGCCAAGCCUUACAAUACACAGGUGCCUGAUAUAUCUUUGAAUGUUCCUAGUAAACACAUGAGGCUGUUUUGUAAACCCAUCUCUUGCCAAAGGUUUUUUUUAAUUGUUACCUGCAGGUAUUAAACAAGGCUUUAAUGUAUGAUAUUGAUACACUAUACACCCGAUAUAGUUACUGUUACAUGUCUACAACUGUUUUUAAAGUACUUAUGCGAUAAUCCACAUUUUGUGUGUCUGCAUUAAACUGUGUGUAUUGUCUCUAACAGAAUCACAAAUAGGUCAAGGAGAAAGCUGCCCAUUCGGUAGUAGCUCUAUGCAGUAUCUCUAAUUUAUUGGCAGCCAAAUUUGUUCAUGUAUCUUCAGAUUGAAAUCUCUUCAAUAGUCCUUGUUACUCAUUAAUAACAAAUAAAUUGUGUGUGUGUAGGGUAAAUGAUAAUGUAACAUUAAAUAUGCCAAUGUGUAUACUUGUCAGCCAAAGUGCCUGGUUGGAAAAUUUCUCUACCUGUGUUUUAAACUGCCUUGUUGCCCAGUGGCUGCAACAAAAUCCUGCAAACUGUUUUACAUGUGAAUUAAAUAAAUAAAUUGGUCUCUGUCAGGACGUCACCAGCAAAAUAUUUCAA